AUGGCGGCAAAGGAGGAAAAGCAGCAGCAGCACAAAAGGGAAGAUGCAGCUACUGAACAAAAAGAAGAAAUCAAACAUGAAAAAGCACCUGGAAAAGCAUCACAGCAUUCACAACCCUGUGUCCGGAGAGGACGGAUAUAUCAUGCUAAGUUCAUGAACACAAACGCAAGAACAUACAAUGAACCAGUUCCCUACAUAGAUCACAGAAAGGGGCCAGAACAGCAGGGAGACUGGUGGUGGCAUUACAAGGUGCCAGAACAUUCCUGUCAACCACCCUAUGACACUAAGAGCACCCAGAGGAGUGACUUCCAGAUACCAGCCUAUCCGUUGGUUUUGCCAGUCAAGCACAGCAGGCUACAAAAGCCUUCUUCGGGAAUAGUUCCGCUUGCCUCUCCUGAUGUAUCAGCAGAACUCCAAAGCAAGUUUAUAGAACGCAUCUCUUUCAUACAUCAAUAUGAUGCCAGGAAAUCUCCCAAUGAGCCCCUCCGGGGGAAGCGACACGGGGCUUUUGUGCAGACAGAGAUAAAACCGGGGAGUAGGCCAAUUAUUCCUCAGGGAACAGAGGUAUUGCUGAAGGCUCCAGGGCCUUGCUCAUCAUAACAGUCCAAAAAACAGAGAAAGGAAACUCAGCGGAAAGCCAAUUGAUCUCAUCCAGCCUCUGUCGAAAAUUCCCAAAAGCUGUUAGAAACUGAAACUCCCUUAUCGGAAACAACGUCAGAAGCAGUCCGAAGCACACCCCAAAGGCCGUGAGAGAAAGAGAUCUCAGGCCUCUUUCAACCAGCCGCAAUAGGAGUUCUUCUGACCAGGCAGGAGCCUUUACAUCCACGAAUUAAAAAGUCAAGAUAAAUUAGCUUCUUCAGAUAAAACCAGAUUCCCUGGGAUGGAGAGAUAGUUCAGAAUCUCCACACAGGCCAUUGUGUUUGCUUUCUGACCAACAACUUCAGAUCCUACAAUUUACACAAGUGGGGGCCGAAAAAGAGCACUGUAAUACACCAGUCCCUGAAGAGUGGUCUCCAGUGAGCUUGGGAUCAUGCAGGAUUAUUUCUGUGCCCUAUUAUUUAUAAGCAAAAGCUGAUUUCUUUUGCAAAAUAAUGAACAUCAUUGAUGAAUACUGUAAAAAGCUUUAGAGGAAAGGCCAUUUAGCAACAUUGGA